AUCAUGGUUCAGGACUUUAUCAGGACUUGGUAAUUCCAGUGACAAAUUUCCACAAUGAAGACAAAGGCUUCAUGGUUUUGGCUGGUGAUGUUUUUGAUGUUCCUAUUAGAAAGGAUAUUAUUCAUCGUGUUGUAAGAUGGCAGCUUGCAAAACGUCAACAGGGGACACAUUCAACAAAAACUAUUAGUGAGGUCAGUGGGACUGGGAGAAAGCCCUGGCCACAGAAGAAAACUGGUCGAGCAAGGCAUGGAUCACUGCGUGGCCCACAGUUCAGAGGUGGUGCUACCAUGCAUGGUCCUAAGCCAAGAAGUCAUGCCAUAAAGGUGAAUAAGAAGGUUCGCCGUCUAGGACUGAAGAUUGCACUGUCUGCUCGUGCAGCAGAAGGGAAGCUUCUUGUUUUCGAGGACUUGGAGGUCCCCACACAUAAAACCAAGAACAUUGUGAACUAUGUUGAGCAAAUGGAGGAUACCAAGAAACUUUUGUUGGUGGAUGGCGGCCCCAUAAAUGAAAAGUUAAAGCUGGCUACACAAAACCUACACUAUGUCAAUGUACUACCUUCAAUUGGGUUGAAUGUGUACAGCAUCCUGCUGCACAACACAUUGGUUAUGUCCCGUGAUGCUGUAAACAGGAUUGUUGAGCGGAUGCAUACUCCAAUCAACCGCUGAAUACAUAGAUGCACUUUUGUGUCAACUCAUUUUUGUGGCAGAAUGGGGACCGGUACAUUGUUUUCCAAUUAGAACGAAUGGGUGCUAAGAGUAAUCUGCAUCUUGUUGAUGUAGAAUUUGCAAAUGCAUGGCUUGGUACUGGUUUCACCUUGUAUAACAAAUGACACUCAGCAAUGGAUUCUGUAGUUUGAUUUUUGGUUAACUGUCGCACUAGAUAGACAAUUCUUUUGAAUUUUGCACGGUUGCUUAGGACCGUUGCUUAAUCAGAUUUCUGCAUUAUAAAGGGCUUGCAGGAUUUCUGUUCAUUAAUUGUCACUUUCAUUUCCUUUGUUAAUGUUGAUGGCAUGCAUUUCCCCUGUUGAAUAAAUACGUUUGAACCAA